AUGCCCUUCCCGUCGUCAACACUUUCCUUUCCCUUCGUCCCCGCUUCCCCUUCCCGUCGUCCCCGCUUCCCCUUCCCGUCGUCCCCUCUUCCCCUUCUUGUCGUCCCCCCUUCCCCUUCCCGUCGUCCCCGCUUCACCGCUUCCCCUUCCCGUCGUCCGCUCGGGCCACUACGGGAAGCGGCCCUUUCUGUCGUCCCUGCUUUCCCUUCGCGUCGUCCCCGCACCCCCUACGCCUCGUCCCCGCACCCCCUUCGCGUCGUCCCCGCACCCCGUUCGCGUCAUCCCCGCACCCCCUUCGCUUCGUCCCCGCACCCCCUUCCCGUCGUCCCCGCACCCCCUUCCCGCCGUCCCCGCACCCCCUUCCGGUCGUCCCCGAACCCCCUUCCCGUCGUCCCCGCACCCCCUUCGCGUCGUCCCCGCAUCCCCUUCCCGCACACUCUCCACAUCCCCUUCCCGUCGUCCCCACAUCCCCUUCCCGCGCUCCCCACAUCCCCUUUCCGUUGUCCCCACUUCCCCUUCAUGUCGCACAGUAUGUCAUUGUUUCUAUGA